AGAACGUUUCUUUUUUGUUUCAGUAGUUGCAUCAUGUUUGGUGUCUGUGGAGGAACUUUAUUUUUCUUUUUUCAGUAGUUACAUCAUGCUUGGUGUCUUUGAAUGUGUCUGAAUGAACUCCAGCUCUGAUUGUUCCCCGCUUUAACCACUGGGGACAGGCUGCAGAGACUCAGAGGAGGGAGGACUUCCACUGGUUCAGUUGGACUCGGUGCCACCAGGAGAGCGCACACACUGUCCAGGAUUUCCCUCAGCUCUCAUUUUUCUGUCCUCUCUGGAGUUAGAAACCCUCCACUGCUUCCUCCCUGCAGAUGCCUCAGCUUUGCUCCAGCUAACCGCGGCUCUCACACCCCCAGCCGGAUCUUCUUCCUCCCGGAUCGAGCGCGCAGGUGGACCGGGAUGAUGGGUGCAGCCGGGUUGUUGGCGCUGCUCCUCGGCUGCUGGUGCCUCGUUGCGGCCCAGGAGCUUCCGGCCACCGGGCUGAACGGCUACAGCCUCCACCCGCCUUACUUCAACCUGGCGGAGGGCACGAAGAUCACCGCCACGGCGACCUGCGGGGAGGACGAGGCCGGCCGGAGCCUGCAGGACCUGUACUGCAAGCUGGUCGGAGGCCCGGUGUCCGGAGACCCGAGCCAGACCAUCCAGGGGCAGUACUGUGACAUCUGCAGCCAGGAGGACAGCGACCGAGCCCAUCCCAUCACCAACGCCAUCGAUGGGACGGAGAGAUGGUGGCAGAGCCCCCCUCUUUCCCGCAGCACCGAAUACAACGAGGUCAACGUCACGCUGGACCUGGGACAGCUUUUCCAUGUGGCCUACGUGUUGAUUAAAUUUGCCAACUCUCCCCGUCCGGACCUCUGGGUUCUGGAGAGAUCCACGGACUCUGGGCAGACCUACCGGCCCUGGCAGUACUUCGCCUCGUCUAAGAGAGACUGCAUCGAACGCUUUGGACAGAGAACCAUCGAGAGGAUCAACAACGACAACGACAUCAUCUGCACCACGGAGUAUUCACGAAUCGUCCCGCUGGAAAACGGAGAGAUUGUGGUGUCCCUGGUGAACGGCCGGCCCGGGGCCAUGAAUUUCUCCUAUUCGCCAGUGCUGAGGGAUUUCACCAAGGCCACCAACAUCCGGCUCCGCUUCCUGAGGACGAACACGCUGCUGGGUCACCUGAUGGGCAAGGCGCUGCGCGACCCCACCGUGACCCGCAGGUACUACUACAGUAUCAAAGACAUCAGCAUCGGAGGAAGGUGUGUGUGUAAUGGACACGCCGAGGCCUGCAACGCCAACGACCCCAGUGACCCUUACAAGUUGCGGUGCGACUGUCAGCACAACACCUGCGGCGUUUCCUGUGACCACUGCUGCCCCGGGUACAACCAGUUACCGUGGAAACCUGCGACAACCUACAGCGCUAAUGAAUGUGAACCCUGUAACUGUCACCGCCACUCCUUCGAUUGUUACUACGACUCCGAGGUCGACCGGCAGAGAGCCAGUCUCGACGUCCACGGACACCACAGAGGAGGAGGAGUCUGUCUCAACUGCCAGCACCACACCACUGGAGUCAACUGUGAGCGUUGCAUCCCCACCUACUACCGGUCGCCUGACCAUCCCAUCGACUCCCCUCUGGCCUGUCUGCCCUGUAACUGCCAGUCAGAGUUCACGGACGGUACCUGCGAGGAUCUGACCGGACGUUGCUUCUGCAAACCGAACUACGCCGGGGAGAACUGUGACUCCUGCGCCAGCGGCUUUAUCAAUUUCCCUCAGUGUUACCCCAUCCCUACAGAUCCCACAAACACUGACAAUAACGGUGAGGCGAAACCAGCUGGAGAGAUCAUCAACUGUGAAUGCAGCGCGGCAGGGACGGUGGAUAACUCGUGCAGGCCGGACCCUCGGACCCGGACCUGCGUCUGUAAACCCGGGUUCAGUGGGGCUCACUGCGACGCCUGCGCUCCGGGUUUCUACGGCCUCAACUGCCAGGCCUGCCAGUGUUCGGGUCCUGGCUGCCUGGACGGGUCAUGUGACCUGGUGACUGGUCAUGGAAUGUGCCAGAACGGUUUCCAUGGUUACCAUUGUGACCAGUGUGCGCCUGGUUACUUCAACUACCCCCUCUGCCAGCUGUGCGGCUGCAGCGCAGUCGGCUCUCUCCCUGAGCGCUGCGACGAGUCGGGGCGCUGCCUCUGCAGGCCGGAGUUUCAGGGUCCGCGCUGCGAACAGUGCAGAUCUGGGUUCCACUCCUUCCCCAACUGUCAAGAAUGCUCCUGUGAUCCUCGCACCUCGUUCGGUACCAGCUGCACCGUGUCGGGUAUCUGCCACUGCCGACCCAAUUACGGCGGCGCGUCAUGUGACCAGUGCGCCCCCGGUUACUAUGGCUACCCGAGCUGCACGCCCUGCCAGUGCUCCCCCGCCGGGUCGCGGUUCUCCACCUGCGACCAGCAGACGGGGCGGUGCGCCUGCCUGCCCGGCGUGGCCGGCCUGCGCUGUGACAGCUGCGCUCACGGCUCCUACGGCUUCCCUGACUGCCAAGCUGGCACCUGCCACCCAGCCGGAUCCGUUCAGUACGUCGUGCUGCCGCCUGUUGGUGAGUGUGAGUGCCGGCGUCAUGUGGAGGGCCCGGCGUGUGACAGAUGUAAACCUCUGUACUGGAACCUCUCCCCUGACGCCGCUGGCGGAUGCUCCAGCUGUGAGUGUAACAUCGCUGGGACGCUGAGUGGGGUUGCAGAAUGUGUACAGGAAACUGGAGAGUGUCACUGUAAGCCCGGCGUCUGCAGUGGAACAUGCUCCACUUGCAAACAGGGUUUCUACAACCUGCAGGCUCACAGUUACUUCGGCUGCCGGGGUUGCCAGUGUGACAUCGGAGGCUCGGUGGGUCAGUUUUGUGGCCAACAAAACGGUCAGUGUGACUGCAGACCCAACGUGGAAGGGCCAAAGUGUAACCAGCCUCGUCUGCAUCACUACUUCCCGGAUCUGCACCAUCUGAAGUUUGAGAUAGAGGAGGGAACCAUGCUGGACGGCCGGCCGGUGAGAUUCGGUUACGACCUCCUGGAGUUCCCAGACUUCAGCUGGAGAGGUUACGCCCAGAUGUCCCAGAUCCAGUCCAAAGUUUUGGUGUCGGUGUUUGUCACCUCUCCGGACCUUUUCCGUGUGGCGCUUCGCUAUAGCAACAGGGCCGGUUCUGCUGUCUGGGGCAGAGUGUCGGUCAUGGAGGACGGCAGGAGUUACUACUGUGGUAACUGUUCGGAACAGUCCAAACAAAUCGUCUUUGCUCCGAGUGUGCAGCCGACCUUCGUCAACGUUCCCCAGAACAGCUUUGUGGAGCCGUUCGUGCUGAACCCCGGGUCCUGGACCGUCGUCAUCGAAGCGGAGGGAAUCUCACUGGACUACCUGGUGUUGCUGCCCAGUGCCUACUAUGAAGCUCCCAUCCUGCAGAUCAGAGUUACUGAGCCCUGCACUUACAGCUCUGUGCCUGAAAACAGCCAGAACUGUCUGCUGUACAAGUAUCUGUCCCUGGACUCUUUCCCCUCCAUCUCCGGAAACGAUGCCAGCUGUCGCCAUGACAACCACCUGCCGCGGCCAUGCCCCACCGAGAGGGUGACGCCGCGCCACCCGGACAUGGCCGUCUGCAGCGGGCUGGAUAUCAGCAUCGAGCUGCGGGGACGUCUGGGCUCUCCCGGAGACUACACGCUGGUGGUCGAAUACUCCAGCGAAGAAGAGCUGCCGCAAACGCUGAGCGUCGCCGUCAACUCGCCUGGAGCGCCAACGCAGCGCCACCUAGUGACGCUGCUGCACUGCAAGUUCAGCUUCCUGUGUCGGGUCGUGGCGGUUGACGAGCAGAACAGGGUGGCGGUUUUCUCUCUGGCCGCCGCCGCCGCCGCCGACGUCCAGCUGUCGUCGGAUCGCGUCUCCUUCUUCCUGCACAAAGUUUACCUGGUGCCCAAAGACGUUUUCACCCUGGAGCUCAUUGAGCCUGGACUGCACUGCAUCGGGACGCAUGGACAGUUCGCCCCCGACAGCUCCUCCUGCGUCCCGUCCCGCUUCCAGACGCCGUCGGACUCUCUGGUCCUGAAGGAGGGCCAGAGCUCGUCCACGGAGGACGCUGCGGUCCAGGCGGUCCAGGCGUCCCCCGCCGCCGCCCCGCCGCUGUCCCCCAACCAGAGGGACGAGCCGGUCUGGAUGGGAGACGUCCGGCCGCCGUUUGGAGCCGACAGCAGCUUCCACAUGCGCCUGGACUCGCUGCAGAAUGCAGCAGUGUACUCGACUCGCCUCCAGGCUCUGGGCCGUUACGUCUUCAUCCUCCAUUUUCACCAGCCUCUUCAUCCCACAUUUCCAGUCCAGGUUUACAUCAGUGGAGGCGUCAUCUGGCAGGGCCAGACCAACGCCUCGUUCUGCCCCCAUGCUUACGGCUGCAGGAACGUUCUGGUUUCGGAGAACCAGAUCAUGCUGGAUGUGACCCAACACGACGUUUUCCUCACCGUUCAGAUUCCUGCAGGCAGAACUUUGUGGCUGGAUUACGUUCUCGUUGUUCCUGAGCGGAGCUACAGCUCCAGCUACCUGAACGAAGAACCUCUGGACAAAUCGUACGACUUCAUCAGCAACUGUGGACAGAACAGCUUCUCUGUGAAUCCCGCCGCUGCCUCGCCGUUCUGCCUCAGCUCGGCCGUGUCGCUGUCGGCGUUUUUCAACAACGGCGCGAUGCCCUGCGCGUGUCACGAGGCCGGAGCCAAGAGCGCCGCCUGCGAGACGUUCGGCGGCCAGUGCCAGUGCCGGCCCAACGUGAUUGGACGGGACUGCUCCAUGUGCGCCACGGGAUACUGGGGGUUUCCCAACUGCAGGCCCUGUAACUGCGGCACCCGGCUGUGUGAGCCGGUCACCGGGGAUUGCAUCUGUCCGCCCCGGACUCUGCGCCCCGAGUGCAUCCAGUGCGAGCCGCAGACCUUUGGCUGCCACCCGGUGGUGGGAUGUGAGAUCUGCAACUGCUCUCGGCCCGGCAUCGUCUCUCCUGACGUCAGCUGCGACACGGACAGCGGACAGUGCAGAUGCAGGAACAACAUCGUUGGCCGCCAGUGUGACCGCUGCGUGCCCGGUUUCUAUGGUUACCCCAACUGCAGACCAUGCGACUGCAACGAGGCGGGAACCGAGGAGGAAGUGUGCGACUCCUUCACAGGACAAUGUCUCUGCAAGGAGAACGUCCAGGGCUCCCGAUGCGACCAGUGCAGGAUCGGUACCUUCCACCUGGACCCUACCAACCCUAAAGGAUGCACCAGCUGCUUCUGCUUCGGCGCCACCGACCGAUGUCAAAGCUCGGACAAAAGACGGACAGAGAUCAUGGACAUGGAAGGCUGGGUGCUCCUCGGGGCAGACAGACAGGAAGUACCCGUGACUGUGUAUCCUGAUCAGGAUCUCAUAGAGGCGGACCUCAGUGACGUGCCCGAUGUCUACCAGGACCUCCACUGGCACGCACCGAAGAAGUACCUGGGAGACAAGGUUUCGUCUUACGGCGGUUCCCUGCGGUACCGCCUUCACACCCAGACCAUGAGAGGAGACACUCUGCCUCUGCCGGCUGAAGCCUCCCGACCCGACAUUAUUCUGAAGGGGAACCAGAUGACACUGGUGUUUAUGGAGAGAGAAUACUCGGCGCCUGAAGACCUUCACCUGGGAAUUGUUCACAUAGUCGAGGGAAGCUUCCGUCACGCUCGCACUGGCAACCCCGUCUCUCGGGAGGAGUUGAUGAUGGUUUUGGUCAACCUGGAGUCUCUCCAAAUCCGAGCCCUUCACUCUCAGUCGGCCCACUCCGUGUCGCUCCAUGGUGCCGUGUUGGAGGGGGCAGCGGACCUGACCUCAGGUCGCCAUGCCAACAAUGUGGAAAUCUGCAUGUGUCCGGCCAAUUACCAGGGAGACUCCUGUCAGAAAUGUGCUCCAGGUUACUACAGAGACACUAUUGGACUCUUCCUGGGAAAAUGUGUUUCCUGUAACUGUAACGGACAUUCGGACCAGUGUUUGGAUGGAUCUGGAAUCUGUCUGAGUUGCCAGCACAAUACAAUCGGAGAUCACUGUGAGAGCUGCAGGGGAGGGUUCCUCAGCAACAACAGCCUGGAAGGACAGGCCGUGUCCUGCUCCAGUUGUCCCUGUCCGCUCAGGGCUCCGUCCAACAACUUUGCAGAGGGCUGCGUGCAGCGGAGUGACAGGAUGCAGUGUCUGUGUAUGCACGGCUAUGCUGGACCAAACUGUGAGAGGUGCGCCCCUGGUUUCUACGGCAACCCCAUGGUUCUGGGCAGCAGGUGCCAGCCAUGCCACUGCAACGGUAACACGGACCCGAACAUGCUGUUCACCGACUGUCACCCUCUGACUGGAGAAUGCCUCAGCUGCAUGCACAACACGGCAGGACCCCACUGUGACAUCUGCGCUCCUGGUUACCAUGGAGACGCCAUACACGCCAAAAACUGCACCAGAUGCAACUGUUCUCCAUGUGGAACCGAAUCCUGCAACCCACACACGGGACAGUGUCGCUGUAAACCUGGAGUCACCGGACCGCUCUGUGACCGCUGCCAGGACGGGUCGUUCGGCUUCAACUCGUGCUCCGGCUGUCGUCAGUGUGACUGCGAGGCCUCGGCGGCGCUCGUCCAGCCGUGUAAUCCUCAGAGCGGUCAGUGCGCCUGCCAGCCUGGGGUCAACGGACCGAACUGCAGGCAGUGCGCUCCCGGACACUGGGACUAUGGACCGGACGGCUGCAAGAGGUGUGACUGUAAUGGGGGUCGCUGUGACCCCCGGACCGGUGAGUGCCGCUGUCCAAACGGGUUGACGGGGAGACAGUGUGACACCUGCUUGGAAAGGUACAGCGUCCCAGUGGAGGGCCAGCAUGGCAUGCACUGUGAAGUGUGUGACAGCUGCGUCAUCGUGCUGCUGAAAGACCUGGAGAGAUUGGACAGCAACUUCAGCUCCUUGUCUCUGCAGCUGACGAACCUCAACGCCAGCUCGAUGGCCUGGGCUCAGCUCGUCAGCCUCAACGAGUCCAUCGAGGACGUCGCUCGCGCCAUUGAGAGAUACAACAACACGCUGGACCAAAGCAGGAGUCGCGCCGACAUGCUGGAGAUGGACAUCGCCACCAUCAAAGCUGACAUUGAUGACCUGCACAAAAAGUCAGGAGAAAUGACAGGCCGGGUCGAUCUGCUGGAUAACAGCACCUCCCACACCCACAACAGGGCAGAAGAUCUGCUGAGAUUCAUUAACAACAUCAGCAUGGACAUAAACGCAACGCUGCACUUGGUGAACCAGUCCCGAAACGAAACGGAGGGCGAUCAGGAUGUGGAGGGGCAGGAGGCGAAGAUCAGGGAGGUUCAGGCCAUGCUGAGGGAGAUGAGGUACAGGAGCUGUGUGGGUCAGAAGAAACUGGCAGACAAGGAGAAAAACGAAACAGAGAAAUUACUGGAUCGUGUUAUCAAGGAGCUGGCAAACCGUCAGCAGGAAAAUGUUAACUUGACGAAGGCCAUCAGGGACCGUUUGCACCGUUUCACCUCUGAAAUGAUAAACCUGCGAGACGCUCUGAACGAAGCUGUGAACAACACUGCCAGAGCCGCAGAACUCAACAGCGUCAACGAGAAAACUCUGGAGGAAAACAAAAGGAAGAUCGAAGACUUGUUAAUGAAGCAGAAGGAAGUGAAUGACACGCUAGAAAUGGCUGUCGCUGAUGUCACUCAAGUCAACACUGUGGUUCAGAUGCUGCAGGAGUCCAAAGAGGAAUAUGAACAUCUGGCAGCACAGCUAGAUGGCGCCAGGUCGCCUUUGGCAAACAAGGUGCAAACAUUUGCUGCAAUCAACACCUUAAUCCCCCUAGUGGAGGAGGCAGAGAAACACGCUGAGCUGCUGAAUGCCUUAGCCAUGAACUUGACCAGUUUGAUCGCAGACACCAAGAAGGAUCCGUCUGUGGAUUUAACAAAAGUCUACAACAAUGUUGUCAAUAACAUCACUGCAGCAGAACAUGCUGCGAAAAUGGCUGAGAAGGCUGCAAAUGACACUCUAGAGAACAUAAAGAACCAGGACCUUGGACAGUCGGCGAGCACUCUGAAGAACCACAGCAUGGAACUGCAAGGAGAAGUCCAACAAAUGAACGAUGAACUCAACAACACCCUGAAGGUAGAGCUGGAAGAAGCUCAGAAACGGCUGAAUUUAGCCAAGGCCAAACACGAUCAGGCCGUGAAGGAUUUGGCAGAAAUUCAGAAAAGCCUCAAUUCCACCUCAAAUGUGACUCAGGAGAUCAAUGAAGCAAAUACUGUGGCCAAUAAAGCAAACAUUACAGCCACUGACGUCAACAACAUGUUGCUCCCCAUUAAAAAGCAACUGGACCAAUGGCAACAAGCUUACGGUGACACCAACUCCACGAGCGAUGAGAUCAACAAGGCCCUGAUCAACGCCAGCAAGACGGUUCAAAAGCUGGAAGAGCACAUCCCGACGCUGCUGAAGAAACUUGACGAUCUGCAGAAUUAUUCCGUCCAAAUGCCAAACAUCUCUGAAAACAUCAACCGGAUCCGGCAGCUCAUUCAGGAGGCGCGAAACACUGUCAACAAGGUGAGCGUGUCCAUGAAGUUUAACGGGAAGUCGGGCGUCCAGGUGCGUACUCCUUCUAACCUGGCGGACCUGGCUGCAUACACCUCCAUGAAGCUGCACGUCAGGCCAUCACAGCCAAAGCGGAGAAAACGUUCCACCACUGAUUCAAAAACACAGUUUGUCUUCUUCCUCGGCAACAAAAAUUCCAAUAACGAGUUUUUGGGCAUGGUGUUGGAGGAGAAGAUACUGAGCUGGUAUUUCAAUGUUGGAGAAGAAACUAUAAAGGUGAUGUCGACUCAAGAUGCCCAAAUUGACAAAACAUUCAACACAGUUGUGCUGGAUAGGAUUCUCCAGUACGGUCAAAUGUCCAUGUCUUACUUCUUGAACUACGAAGAAAAAAUCUUCAAGGCAAAAGGGGAGGGCAAAGGUGAAAUGGGACUGCUCAACCUCCAACCCAACAACACAGUCUUCUUUGUUGGCGGACCCCCAGAUUCUUUCCAGCUUCCCGCCCCAUUUAACAAUUCAACUGGGUUUGAGGGCUGCAUUCAGCUGGAGUCGCUGAACGAGGAAGUAAUCAGUCUGUACAACUUUGAAAAAACCUUCAAUCUCAACACUAAAACAGAGAUACCGUGCAGCAGGUCUUUGUUGGUUGACGGGGAAUAUUUCGAUGGAACCGGCUUUGCUGAGAUCAACUUUAAUUCUAGUAAUUUAUAUUCAGUGAUGGCAAUUGACCAGAACAUCAGACUCCUGUCACGCGAAGGAAUAUUAAUCUUUCUCAAAAAUGAGACGAAGGUUUUGUGCCUGGCCGUACGUCAGGGUCACCUCCGACUUUAUUAUGAUUUCAACGGUACUAUGAUUGAACAUCCGCCUGACAGUGACGAUUUGAAUCUGCUGAAGAUUAGUGAUGGAGAGAUGAGGCUUCUGAAGCUUGUAUUGGUUGAAAAGUAUAAAAGGAUCACAGUAUUCAAUCACAAUGGCUCAACGAGCACGGAUCAGCAGAGGGCUGCCCCUGUCUUUAACUUAAUUUUAACAAAAGACUUUCCAGAUUUCAGUGGUAAAUACUAUCUGGGAGGAGCACCAGAGAAAGAGAUGCCUGAAAGUUUAAAGCAGCUGUUUUCAGGGAGCAACUCUGUGAAGGCCUGCAUCAAGAACCUAAAGCACACCGGCUAUCCUUUCGACCUGAAGACCAUAAAAGCCUCUGGAGUCAGUUCUGGCUGUAACAGCAACCUGCUGGUUGCUCGGGAAGCUCAUUUCAGCAGUCAAAGCUACAUGAAGUUAGCCCCAAAAGACGUUAGCAGCCAGAAUGACAAAUUCUACGCCAGCUUCAGCUUCAGGACAGAUCAGAAAAACGGACUCAUGUUUUUCCAUAAAGAUCAGGAGGGAAUCUGUCAAGUCUCUUUGCAGAAGGGCAACAUUGUGUUGAGGGUGAACAACUCAGAGGUUAAGACUCAGAAGACGUACAACGACAACAACAACCACAAUGUUGCUUUCUACAUUGACCCCAAUGGGUUUCAUCUUUUAAUGGACGAUGUAAAAGAGAGCAGUGGCGUUAAGACGAACACAAAGCCGCCUGCUUACACGGGUCCUGAGAACGUCACCUUCCUGGGAGGAUUACCUCAGCAAAACGUUGACAACCUCACAGGUUGCAUCAGCAACGUCGUCAUAAAGAGGAGGGAAGGUGAGCAAAUGGUGGAGAACCUGCUGAAGGUGAACGAAGUCGAGAACAUUCUUCUGAACUGUCCAGCAGCUAAAAUACCUCAGCAGAUCAUCGCAGAGGAACCAAGACGCAAACAAAAGGGUAAUCAAAAGAAGCCGUCGAGAUCUCGCAGCCGCAGUACGAGGGAGUCCUGCCAGGGGGAGCUGUUGCACCCUGAGAGCAGAGCAACGCACUUCAGCGGCUCCGCCCACAGCUACCAGAAAUACAAUCCAGUGGUCAGAUCCAUUUCUCAUCUGUCGUUGGAGGUGAAGAUCAACUCCUCUGACGGCUGCAUCCUGUACGCAGCCGGCAGGCAGCAUGGCGGAGCGGCCAUGUUGCUCAGCGUCCUAAAAGGUCACCUGAUCCUCUCAGUGGAAUCAGCCAGGAAUAAUUUCAAAGUGCGCAGCUCGAACAAAUAUGACGAUGAGCGGUGGCACCCGGUUUUCAUUAAGCAUGAGGGGAAUAAAAUCACUCUGACGGUGGAUGGCAUCAGCAGUCGAGCUAAGAGGACAGCCGGAGCCGGAAAGAUCCGGAUCAGUGGACCGUUGUUCCUCGGUGGAGUCCCAGCCUCCGUCAAGCCGAAACGUUUUGAUGGUUUCAUCGGAUGCAUCAAGGACCUGAAACUGAACGCAGUUCCUGCAGGAAGCCCAUCGUUCAGCCAGGGGGCGGUUCCAUGCUUCCAGAACCCUUUACAACCUGGAGUGUACUUCUCCAAACAGGGAGGACACCUGAAGAUUGAUGACUCUUUGGUUCUGGGUCGGGACCUAGAGAUCCAGCUGGAAGUUCGACCUGCUUCAGACUCUGGGCUGCUGUUGUACGCUGGAACUUCAUCUGACCAAUACCUGAGCUUGUUCCUAAGCCAGGGAGAGGUGACUGUUUCGGUAAUCAGUGGCAAAGGUGAAUUCUCUACCUCGCUAAUGCCUGAAGAACCUCUGUGUAACAGACGCUGGCACACAAUCAAAGUGGAGAAGAGGAACAACGCUCUGAAGUUGUUUGUGGAUGUAACCGCUAAGCAGAGUGCAGGCCCCAAACAGAACCGUUCUGCAGGGUCCAAAACUACGGUGUACGUUGGAGGUGCACCAAAUGGCGUCACAACGGCCAGCCAUCCUAACGGGUUUCCUGUUUUCCACGGCUGUUUCCGCCAUGUUAGCAUCAACCGUCGACCCGUGACGUUGUCUGAACCGCUGUCUGUUCACGGAGCCGUCGGAACCCGAGGCUGCCCUCACAUGUAGAGCCUUCACAUUCCCUGACAACAAAAUACUGGUGGUGGGUGUCAUGUUACUGUAGCUAAUUUAAAAUAUAUAUUAAUAUUUAUUUUAUAUUUUGGGGGAGAAAAAAAAGCAUAUUUUAUAUUUUCACGUUUUUGUGCUAUGUCUAAUUAUUGGUUUCACAUCAUGAUGCACUGAUUUAAAAUUAAAAUGUAAAACAAAACAAUACUCCAAUUGUGCAGACAAUAGGGCUUCAUGAACUGGUUAAUUUCAUAGAAAUUGAUGGAUUUGUUGUUUUUUUUUAAAUUGAGCUAAGUUAAAUAAGCUGUUAUAUUUUUGUAAAUGUAAGAAAAUUUUAAAUUUUUUCAGUCACAUAAAAGAAAAUCGCUGCAAACCAAUAAUUUUGACCUUAACUUACCCCUUCUCUAUAAUUACUCUAUUUACCUUUUUUUCCAAAACCAGCUUUUUCAUAUGACCUGCACCCCUUUUAUUGUUGAACCCAUGUAACAAACAAGAAAAUUAAGCUUUUUUGUAUGCUAACAUUUUUAAAGUAACUCAAAGAAUAAGCUGCUGCUCCCAGCCCUCAUUUGUUUGAAUAAAGUCUUUUUCAUAUAAAAUUA